CAUGACUUUAUGGAGACAUUUUCAUUUGUAAUUCUGGAGACAUUUCUUCCCAUUCUUUCCAAGAAGUGACGCAACAUCAACACUCCCAGUAAACUGGACACAGGAAUAUUUGUUGUGUUACAAGAGCUACGCCAGAGCACCCAGACAGACCAAGUCUCAACGAACAGGUUACUGAUUACAUGAUUUUAUUAUGGGUUUUCAUUGAGCUGUUACAAAUGAAGAUGAAAACCAUGGAGGGUUGGAGACGGUUGGCAAGGACACAGGAGAUGCGUCAUGGGAGGAACAAAACGGGAUAAGAAACCAGACGGGAUAAGAAAUGUGACGACUGACUUAGCAAAAGAAGAAAACAUCAGAGAAAGAAGGAAAGAGAGAAGGAUUGUGUGUUCUCUACUUUCUCAGAAGUGCAGCCCCUAAAUUCCUGUUACUAUGCCUGAGAGAGGGAGGGCAGCAGACCAGUCAAAAUGAACCCCUACGUCACCUCUCAUUUUAGGAGGGAUCUCUUUCCCCACUUCCACUUGUUGUAGAGGCUUCUCUUCUCUUCUCCCCUUUCUUACUGUUUGUGUGACAUGACAACACCUGUCUCUGUGUGAACCUAGGACAGCAGGUGACAUCUGUCUCUGUGUAAACCUAGGACAGUAGGUAACACCUGUCUCUGUGUAAACCUAGGACAGUAGGUAACACCUGUCUCUGUGUAAACCUAGGACAGCAGGUGACAUCUAUCUCUGUGUAAACCUAGGACAGUAGGUAACACCUGUCUCUGUGUAAACAUAGGACAGUAGGUAACACCUGUCUCUGUGUAAACAUAGGACAGUAGGUAACACCUGUCUCUGUGUGAACCUAGGACAGCAGGUGACAUCUGUCUCUGUGUAAACCUAGGACAGUAGGUAACACCUGUCUCUGUGUAAACAUAGGACAGUAGGUAACAUCUGUCUCUGUGUAAACCUUGGACAGUAGGUAACAUCUGUCUCUGUGUAAACCUUGGACAGUAGGUAACAUCUAUCUCUGUGUAAACCUAGGACAGCAGGUAACACCUGUCUCUGUGUAAACCUAGGACAGUAGGUAACACCUGUCUCUGUGUAAACCUAGGACAGUAGGUAACAUCUGUCUCUGUGUGAACCUAGGACAGUAGGUAACAUCUGUCUCUGUGUAAACCUAGGACAGUAGGUAACACCUGUCUCUGUGUAAACCUAGGACAGUAGGUAACACCUGUCUCUGUGUAAACCUAGGACAGUAGGUAACACCUGUCUCUGUGUAAACCUAGGACAGUAGGUAACACCUGUCUCUGUGUGAACCUAGGACAGUAGGUAACAUCUGUCUCUGUGUAAACCUAGGACAACAGGUAACACCUGUCUCUGUGUAGGUAACAUCUGUCUCUGUGUAAACCUAGGACAGUAGGUAACAUCUGUCUCUGUGUAAACCUAGGACAGUAGGUAACACCUGUCUCUGUGUAAACCUAGGACAGUAGGUAACAUCUGUCUCUGUGUAAACCUAGGACACCAGGUAACGACUGUUGCCUUGGUAUUCUCCUGUGUUGUGCCUUUGUUGCUCCUAGUCAGGGUGUUACACUGUAAACUGUCCUAGGUGAUCUGGUCAAGGUGUUACACUGUAAACUGUCCUCAGGGAGUUGGUCAAGGUGUUACACUGUAAACUGUCCUCAGGGAGCUGGUGAAGGGUUGAACUGUUCCUCAGGAACCUAGUAACAUGUUUAGCUUGUUCACUGGGGGUCAAAGACUUGCCAGCGUUCGAAACCCACAGUCCACUGAAAAUGUGUACGGAAGGUAAAGUCUAAUAUCGCAACCAAACAUUUUUUAUGUCAUUUGGAUUUGCCCUGAUUCAAACCUUUUGAGUUUUCUUUGUUUUUUAUCCCUAAGGGAUUUGGCAUGCAAAAAACUAAAACAAUCUCCCUUCCCAGAAUAUUACCUUUGUUUGCCUCAGUGGGUUGAUGUUUUUACCCAGUAUUCCUUGCAUGUCCUCUGCACAUUAUUGCCACAUUUUUCCAAAGGAAUUAGACUGGAAGCUUUUCUGAAAUCUUUCUCCCUCUCUUUCCCUCACUCCCUCUGUUGUAGAGAAUUCUCCCAUGCUGUUGUAUUGGAGAGUAAGUCUCCUUAUUGUUGUAUACAUUUUUACAACACUGAGUUAAUACGAUGUAGCUGAUCUGGUCAGUAGUCAGUCUGUGCAGUGUGUUCUGUACUGAAUUGACAAUGCCUUUAGGUGAAACACAGAGCCUCUCAGGAAUAGGAUAUCCAGCAGUCACCUGAGAGAGCCGCAAACAUAUUUCAAAUGUCUCUAAAAGCCUGCUUUUGUUGUGCCAAGAACUCACCACUGACAUUUGAGGACUUUUGUGGCUUGGAAAAGAUACCUGGAUUUGAUGGGAAACUGCUGGUCACAGUCUCCCACUUGUGAGAGACACUGAGUGAGUAUUAUUUACACAGUGCAUGGCUACUGUAGCUCAUAAAUGUGUCCCAAGGCCCUGUAGCAAAGGAAACACACAUACCUAUAAAAGGGCGGAGGAACAUAUUCUGACUGAUAGGAAGUGAAUGGAUUGGAAUUGUGUACCAUUAUCUGAAUCAAUAGUCUAAGGAGUUCCUCCUCUGUUUCAAUCUGCCUUGUGUAUUUUCCAUGACCAAACCACUGGGAAGUGAAGAUCAUGGAACGUAAGAAACAGCAUGCUAUUCUUUUCUCUGCUGGUUGCAUGUUAGAUACGUGUUAGAAACGUAGACCCUGUUUGACUGUACUGUGGAUCUACCCCUGGACUCUGUAUUGUCACAUUGCACUUUAGUGAAUGUGGGGAGUAUAUAUCCUCCUUACUACUACCCCAUUGUAUCCCCAGCUCUCAUCCUUUCAAGCUUCUCAGUUCCUGUAGCCUGAUCAAUGUGUUUCCCUCGUGCUGCUUCAAACUGUCAGCAAAACUCCUGCUUCCUCAUAAGAUGGCAACAGACUAUGGGUCCCUCCUGUUGAUACCCUGGACACGUGCGUAACCUCCCUCUUCAGCCCAAAGGAGUGUAAGUACUACAGGGACUAUACAGUAUUACUGCAAGACUGUCUAUCUGCUGCUGUGGAAUACGUUUCUGACCAGAGGAGUAUAUACAGCAACAACUUGACCACUGAGUUUCCUUCAAGAGAAUGGAAGGAAGACUGUGAAUCAGGACACUGUAGAGCUGUGAGUAACCCUGACUGUUAAUAAAGAGUUAGUGGAACAAUGAUCUGGGAAGUGAGGGAAGUCAUCUACUGCUGGAUACAGUUUUUCCUCGUGGAUUUACCUUUACCACAUCAGAUGGAUUACUUUUCACCAUAGAAACAGUGGAACUGGAAAGAAGUACAGAACACCAGGUUCUUAUCAAUACCUAGGUGGUCAUAAACUCACAAAGCACAUAGGAGUUGAGACUACAGCUUCAUCAGCGUAAGACAUUGUAUUUAGCACCAUGGGAGCGGCGCGUGUUAAGCGACGUUUCAGUGCGGUGGUUGACGGGCUGGUAGACGAGGAGGAAGUCAUUAAGCUGGCUCUGAGUGUUACUGACACGGCCAGGGUGGGGGGGAGCACGGGAGGCUCAGGGAGCCCCACCAGUCUCUCUCCCACACACAACCGAAAUGGCAAAGCAAUCCCCCUGCAGGGCAACGGCAGCAAUGCACGGAGGCCCAGUGGAGCCCUGGAGGCAGGAGGAGGGGAAGGAUCGAUGAAAGGAGGAGGGCACUCAGGACUGAGGGGCGGGAGGGGCGGAAGUCUGGGGAGAAGGGGAGAAGGCUGUUCGUCCUCGGACCGAGAUUCAACACUGUCGUCCCCUUCCUCCUCAAGCCGCCGGCCCCCCCGGCGCUCUAGACGCCGGCCCCGCCACCGCUUUGUGGGCAAGGACGGGCGCUGCAACGUCACCUUCGUCAACAUGAGCGAGAGGGGCCAGCGUUACCUCAGCGACCUCUUCACCACCUGCGUGGACAUCCGCUGGCGUUGGAUGCUAGUCAUCUUCUGCCUCUCCUUCCUCCUCUCCUGGCUGCUCUUUGGCUUCGCCUUCUGGCUCAUUGCCGCCGCGCACGGGGACUUCGCCAUCCGCCUCAACCCCAGCUCGGGUGCCUCUUCCGGGGGAGGAGAUGAGUCCGGAGCAGGGGCGGUGGUGGAAGUGGAGGAAACGUGUUUCGUUCAGGUGAACAGCUUUAUGGCGGCCUUCCUGUUCUCCCUGGAGACGCAGACAUCCAUUGGUUACGGCUUCCGCAGCGUGACCGAGGCCUGCCCCCUGGCGGUGAUGGCGGUCGUCUUGCAGUGCAUUGUGGGCUGCAUCAUCGACGCCUUCAUCAUCGGAGCGGUCAUGGCGAAGAUCGCUAAGCCCAAGAAGCGUAACGAGACGCUGUUGUUCUCUGACACGGCAGUGGUGGCGCUGAGAGACGGGAAACUCUGCAUGAUGUGGAGGGUGGGGAACCUACGCAAGAGCCACCUGGUAGAGGCACACGUACGUGCACAGCUAAUGAAGCCGAGGGUGACCCCAGAGGGAGAGUUCCUCCCGCUGGACAACGAGGACAUCAACGUGGGAUUCGACACGGGAACCGACCGCAUCUUCCUGGUUUCCCCGGUAACCAUCGUCCACGAGAUCGACGAUGAGUCGCCGUUUUUCGAGAUGGACCGUCGGACUCUGGAGGGCGACACGGAGCUGGAGGUGGUGGUCAUUCUGGAGGGUAUGGUGGAGGCCACAGCCAUGACCACACAGUGUCGCAGCUCCUACCUCGCCUCCGAGAUCCUCUGGGGUCACCGCUUCGAACCUGUGCUUUUCGAGAGGAAGAACUGUUACCAGGUGGACUACUCGUUCUUCCACCGGACUUAUGAGAUUCCCAGCACACCCUCUUGCAGCGCUAAAGAGUUGGCCGAGCAGGAGUACAUCCAGGGCUCACGCUCCUCCUUCUGCUACGAGAACGAAGUAGCCCUGCAGCUCGUCUCCCCUGACAAUGACCCUGAGGGCAACCCUGGCGGCUGCCCCUCCCCCCUGACCCACUGAUCCUCCCUCUCACAACCCACCCACACUAACUAGGGAGGCGACAGGCAGAGGGGACAGGAAGUGACCUAGGAUCCACAGGAAGUCAGGGACAGACAGAGGGAGAGAGAGGCAGAAAGAGAGACAGGCUUCAUAGGGAAAGAGACCAACGUAGAGAAAGGUAAGUAGAAGAUUUAGGGAAAAGGACAACAUUGAGAGACUGAAGUUGAGAGAGGUGUAGAAAGAGAAACAGAAGACACGACAAAGACGCCAAGAGACAAACGGAGAGAGAGAGAUCCUGUAUACUGUCAAACAGAGAGAAAAGGACAGACAGAUAGGACAGAAAAGGAGAGAGAGGGAUAGAAAGAGAGAGAGAAGUGUCAUUGAAAGGGGUAGAUGGGCUGCUGCUACUCUGACUGUGUUAGCUGAUUUGGACAUAGCGAUCUUUCAGAAUCAUUAUGAACCUGUCUGUCUCAGACCCGUCCCGUCAACCAACCGCUACAUUCACCACUGGCUCCAGCACCUAGCUGACCACACAUACAACACUGACCCCUAUUGGCUUCAGUCUGUACCUGCAGCUCCUGUUCAGUUACAACUCACACUGGACACAUGGGAGUAAGGUGAAGCUGCCCCAUAGACACUGAGCUAUGACCAGUUUAGUGUUUCUGCCCCCUAAUGGUGAAGGUUAGGUUUUGGAGAGGCUAAGCUGAUCCUAGAUCUGUGCCUACGGGUAACUUCUACACCAAAUCUGUUGAUGUUGAAUACUGUGUGAGAGAAUGAGGUAAAACGGUGUAUAUCUACACAUUGAGGGAUGUUUGUUAUGAACUGAAUGAGAAGGCAUUAUUGAUAUGUUUUUGAUUCUGGUCAUUUGUGUUGUGUCAAGGUUUGAGCAGGUCUGUUGUGUUAGACUGAUAUGUAGCAAAAUGGAUACAGAGAAACAGCUGAAAAUAAGCAGUGGUUUUCAGCUGUUUCUUUGACUUGUACUGUAUGUUGUUAUUCUGUAUUUAUAAUGCAAGACUAUUAUAUAUUUGCUUUAUUUAAUCAAACAUGUUGCUUGUUCAACUGGGUGCAGUGUCAGCACAAAACCAUAUGAGUGCAUAGUCUGGUAACAUGUUAUUUGAAGGUUUACUUCUAAACUUAUGAUUGAUUGUUUAAUAUGGUUAACUAUGGUUAACAAACAAAGGUGUAUAAGUACUUUGUAAGCAGAACUUUGAUUAAAAUGUUACCUUAUGUUAUUUAAAAUUUUUACAGUACCCAGCUGAAGGGACAAUCUUAUGUUAAUGUUUACCUCUGUCUUGAAUAUGAGAUUCUGUCACCUGAGAUUCUGUGUUCCUCAAACAUUUAACUUUGUAUGAUUUUCCUCAGUAUUUUCUUUAUUUAGUUCAUUUGCUGAAUACUGUAUAUUUGAUAGAAUUUGAAGGGGGAAAUGGAGGGAUGUUAAAGGUAGACUCAGCGAUAUGACGUAGAUGCAGAAAGUAAACAGCAUAGUGGGUCAAUAUCCACAACAACUAAGAGCGUUGAAGUGUGAGGCUCAACUUCUCCGCUGUUUAAAUAAAUAGUGAGGGUAUUCCAAACCGCUAAAACAUGAGCCUGUCACAAUAAUGAAAACAAAAUGUUGCCGAGGCUGAGAUGGAUGGCUGACACUGAGACGCGUGUGGACAGCAGUGGACGCAUACAUUCUGGCCUAAUGACAAUCACCAAAAUGUCAUUACACAUGUUGGUGUUUUGUGUAACAGAGGUCUCUUUCCAUCCACCACUGUUUGGAGGCGGGAGACAUGUUGAGACUGGAUGAACAUGUAAAGGAGCCCUUUGAAGUGAUUGUUUGACAAUCAGAUGAAAACAUCAUGACUGGUGGUUUGUUGCCACAGUAGAAUGUAAUACAUUUUAAAAGUUAAAUAACAAAUCUUUAGUAUGAGGCCCACAGAGAUCCUAAUGAAUGAAUAGAGAUCCUAAUGAAUGAAUAGAGAUUCUAUAUGUAAUGAAUGAAUAGAGAUUCUAUAUGGAAUGAAUGAAUAGAAAUUCUAUAUGGAAUGACUGAAUAGAAAUUCUAUAUGGAAUGAAUGAAUAGAGAUUCUAUAUGUAAUGAAUGAAUAGAGAUUCUAUAUGGAAUGAAUGAAUAGAAAUUCUAUAUGGAAUGACUGAAUAGAAAUUCUAUAUGGAAUGAAUGAAUAGAGAUUCUAUAUGUAAUGAAUGAAUAGAGAUUCUAUAUGUAAUGAAUGAAUAGAGAUUCUAUAUGGAAUGAAUGAAUAGAGAUUCUAUAUGUAAUGAAUGAAUAGAGAUUCUAUAUGUAAUGAAUGAAUAGAUUCUAUAUGGAAUGAAUGAAUAGAGAUUCUAUAUGUAAUGAAUGAAUAGAGAUUCUAUAUGUAAUGAAUGAAUAGAGAUUCUAUAUUUAAUGAAUGAAUAGAGAUUAUAUAUGUA